AUGGAUAACAAUAUUGAAGGUUCAUCAAAUUUAUCAUCUUCAAGCUCUGAUGAUGAUAACUAUGCAGAAAGUUUUGGUGCAAGGCAACAACUGAUCGCUCAGAGAAGAGAUGGGCUUGGAAGAAUUGGUUUGUCAAGCUUGCAAAAAAUAACAACUGCAUUUCGGAUAUUAGCGUACGGUGCACCAGCAAAUGAUACUGAUGAGUAUAUUAAAAUAGGGGAAUCAACUACUAUUGAAAGUGUGAAACGAUUUUGUCGUGCUGUUGUUGAAGUUUUUGGAGGGCAGUACCUACGAUCUCCAAAUGCUCACGAUGUUGCUAGGCUACUUCAUAUUGGUGAGCUACGAGGUUUUCCAGGAUCGAACAAUGAUAUUAAUGAACUUGAGUCUUCUCAUCUUUUUGCUAAUCUUGCUACAGGUAUUACAAUUCCUGCUCGUUAUGUCAUUCAAGGAAAAGAGUACAAUAUGGGUUACUAUUUAGCUGAUGAUGAAUGUAAUUUAAAUGCACCAAUCGUGGAACUCUUUGAGGUGCCGACUCCAGAUGUUGAGCCCGCAAUAGAUGAUGGUAGUCGAUUUGAAGAGUUUCUAGCUCGAUACAGACAAAUCAAAAACAAAGAAGCUCAUAUUGCCCUUCGAAAUGCAUUAAUUGAGCAUUUAUGGGAACAAUAUAGUAAUUCUGAAAGUUAA